UCUGCAUUAAUCACCAACAAGUCAUUGACCGAUAUUGUGUCUUUUUUGGCGAACUUCUUUGUUAUGCAAAGAAUCCUCACCGACGGGUCAUCAGUCACUAUAAUUCCGACAGGCCCUUGCACCUUGAUUGGUCCAACUGCUUGCUAUGCAGGUCACAUGUUUUUGGGAAGCUCCUUGGAGCACAAUUUGAUCUGGCUCAUUGAUUGUUACCUAUUCCGCUAUUACGUCCUCUACGUCCGUGAUCCUUCAAUCAAAAGCAUCAUCUUCGCCGCAGUUCUUGUCUAUACCCCAAGCUUUAUUCACAUUGCAAUUUGGAUUAAGUUAUUUGAUGCAGGGCAGAUGGAAAUUAAGAUGAAUGGAACUGAGCUACUUGCUAACCAGCUGGAAUUUUCUGAAAUGAAGUUAACCGGCCGUAUUGUGUAUUGGAGUUCAAUUGUCGUCUUUGUUCAGCUUGUGUUCACCGCUCUUCUCGUUUCCUACAUUUGGAAUGUUCUUAUCAACUUUCUCAAAAGCAUGGGAGUGCGCCUUUCGAAUGAUCUCAAGAUUAUCAACAGACAAUUAGUUAAGAUCCUAACCUUCCAAGUGUGUAUUCCCAUCUGGUUCUUCCUCGGUGUCUUCUUUCUUCUUCCUUCCUUCCUCGCCAUGUACUCCCAAUCCACGCGACCUGACACUGUACAGUACGCCAUCACGAUUUCUUUCAUGUUGGCUCCAGUUGUCUCCCCAUUUGCAUACAUCUUCUUUGUACCACAUUACUGAAACUUUUGCAUUGGCAAGAAUGAUGUUGCUCCAGCAAAUUCAUCGAUUUGUGCAACCUCGGCGACUUGUGGCAGUGUGGAAAUGAAAUCUGUGGCUUGA